AUGGCCGCCACUGUUCAAUCUAUGCCGAGUCUUUCGGAAGAAACCGAGAUUGUUGAAUACACCGAGGAGGUUCUUGAAGUUGUCAAGGUUGUUGAGGUGGAGGCUGUUAAUGAAAAGGAAAAAAAAACCCUUACUGGCGUAACUUCUGACCAUAAUGAACUUGUUGAUACUGAAAAGACCGCGGAAAAAUCCGAGGAUGUUAACGAACACGCGGAAAAGCACACUGAACAUACCUUAGUUGACCAUCCUGAAGAAUAUGAUUCAAAAUCUGGGGAAUCGAAUAAGGCGGAUCCGAAAAGUUCGGACCAUACAACUGAUCCAUUGACCCCUCCAAAAAGUCCUAUAGAUGAAAAAGAGAAAUCGGAUAAAAAGAAUGCAAGUUCCAAAAUAGCUACGUCUACUAACAAAACGGUCAAAACUGCUGCAUCGGCCACUAAACCUAGUGCCGUUAAGAAAACUUCUACUGCAACUUCGACUAGUGCCAAACCUCGUGCACGCAGUCCGUCGGUCAGUAAGUCAAAUUCCCCUACGGCUUCGAAAUCUCCAGGAACACGUUCUUCUAGUACUUCCAGCGCUACGAGGGCCCCGGUUACAAUUCCAAAACAACCGAGUAGUCCUACUGUAGCGAAAACUCCAAAUACCUCGUCUAAGUCCGGUGCUAACGUGACCUCUGCAAAAACUGUCACUCAAAAAACUCCUGCUAAAACUUCUACCGCUGCUACUCCCGUUACCACUGCAAAAGCAGCUGUUACAUCUCCGAAAGCGAAUUUGGUGGCUCCUACUCGGAAAGCUUCCACAAAUCCUAGUAGUUCUGUUACUACCACCGCACCAAAAAAAUCACCAACCGCAGGUACUACCCCUCAUGCUAAGGUAACUAAUUCUUCAACACACGCUUCAAAGAAUAAAAUUGCACCAUCUACGGCGCUCUCAGCCAAGCAUGCUACAUCUAAGAGUACUGGCUCAGCAGAAAACGAUUUGAAAAGUGGUACUUCAGCAGAUGAUGGUUACAAACAAAAGAACGAAGAGCUCACGAGAUUAAUUGAAGAAAAAGAUAAGAUGUUGAAAUCCCGCCAAGAUGAAUUGGAAGAACUUAAAGUUCAACUAGCGAAAAGAGAUGAGAUUGAUGAAUCUAUUGAAAAACAUGCUCACACUUUGGAAGAACUGAAAAAAGCUCAUGAAGAAGAAACUCAAAAGAUUCAAAAAGAAAAGGAUGUGGCCAUUUUAUCAAAAGAAGCUGAGAUAGAAGCUCUCAAAAAAGAAAUUGAAGAUUUGAAAAAGGCUCUUGCAAAGGCCAAAGAAGAAAAUGAUGAAAAAAUUUCAAACAUUCGUGAAGAGCAUGCUAAACUUAUUGAUCAGAUUAAAGAUACGCAUGAAAAAGAGACUACUGAAUUGUUUGAGAAGGUUAAAAGUGGUGAAAAAGCUGCUGAAGAACUUGUGUCUGUCAAAAGUCAUCUUGAAGAGUUGGAACAAGCAAGAGAACAAAUAAAAAAUGAAGUCAUGUCAACUCAAGGAGAGACUGCUGUUGCUUUCGAAAAAAUUAAGGUGCAAUAUGCCGACGAAAUUGCUGAACUCAAGGACUCUCAUGCUAAGGAAUUGGAACACUUGAAAUCUGAACAUGAUAAAGAGGUUGAGAAAGCAAGAAAUGAUAUUCAGGAAACUCUUAUGAUUCAUCAUAACGAAGAAAUUGAAAAGCUUGAACAAACACAUGAUAAGGAAUUAAAUUCUAUCAGGCUUAGUCUUGAAACCAAAAAUGACGCAGCCAUCCAAGAGCUCUCAGCUCUUAGAUCUCAGCAUUCUCAAGAUAUAGAGGAUCUUAAAUUAAAACACUCUAGAGAAAUUGAAGAACUUAAAUCCCAUCAUACCCAAGAAAUUGAAACUUUAAAGGCAUCAGCUGAUGAAGGUCUUGUACAAAAGUAUGAGUCUCAAUUAUCAAACUUGCAGAGUUUAGCACAAAAGAGGGAUUCCGAAUUAGAAGAUCUCAAAGCAAACCAUGAUUCCAUGCUAGAGAGGUUGAAAACCGAUUAUGAAGCUCGGUUCGAAACAUUAAGGGUUGAAAUUGAAGGAUCCGAAAAUUCCCCUGACACAGGAAUUGAGGAGUUAAAAGCUAUUCACGCUAGAGAAAUUGAUAAUCUGAAAUCUACCCAUGUAAAGGCAAUUGAAGAAUUGAAAACUCAACAUGAAGAACAAUUGAAAAAAUUAGAAGAUCAACUUCUAGAGUCUCAUAGCAAAGUUUUGCAAGAAACAAUCACGAAUCUUGAAAAAGAAAUAAAAGAAAAGGAGGAAAGUUUAACGUUGGAAAAUGAAACCCUUAAAAAAGAAAAUAAGGAAUUGUCAGAGAAGUUUGAAGUUUCAAAACAAAAUGUUGACUCUCAUGUUUCAACAUUAGAAGUGUUGAAAAAAGAGCAUCAAAAGGAAAUGGAACUACGUACCUCAUUACAAGCUUCUCUGGAUGAGAAAAAUAACGAGAACGAAGAAUCCUUUGAGUCACUACGCCGCGAGUAUAAUCAAAAGAUUGAUGAACUUGAAUUAGCACAUGCUCGUGAACUUAAAGAAAAGUUGGAUGAACUCGAAUUGUCACAGGCUCGUGAAUUUAAAGAGAAGGUCGACGAACUCGAAUUGGCACAUGCUCGUGAACUUAAGGAAAAGACCGAUGAACUCGAAUUGGCUUAUGCACGUAAACUUGAGGAAAAAGAGGUAGAAAUAAAGAACAAGGCCAUGGAAAAUAAAUGGCUCGAAGACGAAAAUGAUCAACAUGAUGCAAAGGCUAAAACACUGAAUAAAGACUUGGAACUUCUUCGUAAAGAAAACGUACAAUUGAGAGAUGAAAACAAUCAGAUGCUCGAGUUGAUUCAUAAAUAUCAAGAACAGCUAGCUCCUAAAUUUUAA